AUGGAGAAUACUCACUUUGCUCUUGAGCUGUCACUUCCUGCCAUGUCUGUCAAGGUGAAGGCUAAGGUGAAGUACCUGCCGUCGCCUGAUAUCCUCUACCGUUCCAGAAAGUACCUGCCCUUCGCCCGAUAUCCUCUACCGUUCCAGGAAGUACCUGCCCUUCGCCCGAUAUCCUCUAACGUUCCAGAAAGUACCUGCCCUUCGCCCGAUAUCCGCUACCGUUCCAGAAAUCAUAUAAUCUAUCUAUCUAUCUAUCUAUCUAUCUAUCUAUCUAUCUAUCUAUCUAUGCCAAUAUGUUCAUUAUCUAUCGAUCUGUCUAUCUUCUGUUCAUUAUCUAUCUAUCUAUCUAUCUAUCUAUCUAUCUAUCUAUCUAUCUAUCUAUCUAUCUAUUCCAGUAUGUUCAUUAUCUAUCUAUCUAUCUAUACCUAUAUGUUCAUUAUCUAUCGAUCUAUCUAUCCAUCCAUCUAUUUCGAUGUGAUCAUAUCGAUUUAUCUUAGUCUGUUCAUUAUCUAUCUAUCUAUCUAUCUAUCUAUCUAUCUAUCUAUCUAUCUAUCUAUCUAUGCCAAUAUGUUCAUUAUCUAUCGAUCUGUCUAUCUGCCCAUCCAUCUAUUUCGAUGUGAUCAUAUCUAUCUAUCUAUCUAUCUAUCUAUCUAUCAAGCCACUGAGCCGAUCAUUUGCCAUGCACGAGCUUUGAUGGAACUCAAACACGGCUCACCUCUCUCUACUUCCGAGAGCCUAUCCAUUGCAACACACGCACGUCGUCUGCUUGUCCAUAAUUUUCAUCAAGAGAAUUACCAUUACCGGGAAGUUGGCUACGUAACUGCAUCUCAUCCAGAAGAAUGA